GUAACAUUGCUUCUCUUGAUUUCUUCUCCAAAAACGCUCCGUUUUGCGGUUCCCCAUGUUUCAUUCAUCUCCCAGCUCUUCCAAAAGAAUGGCGUCGUCUAUGGACGUUGACAAGGUCGAGAUUCCGCCACCAGUGAACGACGCGCCCAAAUCGAAGAAGCAGAAAGAGGUCAUGCAUGAAGGUAUCAACGUAGACAAUGACGAUAACUCUGCAAAGGUAGCAUUAAAAGGUGAUAUUGUUGUCAAAAGUGAGAAAGGGAAGGCGAUUGAACUCAUUCAGGAAGGUUACGGCGAUAGUCAAACUAUGCUGGUGUUUGAUGAUCUAUUUCUUCCAUGCGGAAAGGCUAAAUCCGGAUCAGAAAGCAAGGUCAAGUCUUCCAAUAGCGGUGCUAAAGAAACCCAUAAUUUGAUCAUCAAAUUCGAUGAACAUGAUUCUGAUGAGUCUUCUGAUAAUUUAAGUGAUGAAGAUGCAAUAUCGAACAUUUCUGAUUUGUUUUGGGACGAUAACGUCGAAAUGGAAGUAGAUAAUUAUAAUUCUAUUCUACAAAAGCAAUUUGACCGUGUGGAUUUACCUGCAGGAAUUGAGGCUCCCAUUCCUUGGAUGGCAGACCUUAAUAUCAGUUCAAAAGCGACUAACAAUGUUUCAUUGUCUCCUUUGUCUCAGACUAAGGCUGGUGCCAAUAACUCUCCUGUGUCGACUAAGUCAUCUCAGCCUCCACUUUUGCCAUUUAAGAUUCCUAAGACUGAAAUAGAAGAACCUUCUAAGCCUUCAACACAAGGACCUUCUGCAGGGCCUCCUGAGAUUAAAAUGCUGCCCAAGCCCUACUUUCCUUUGAACUGGUCUAAUUUGGGGCCCAGGAAAGUGCCGCAUGUAGGCCAGGCACUUCAUAUGGCACAUUUGCAAAAUUUAAAGGAAUCUUCUGGAAGUACUUCAAGUUUGCGUAAUCAUUCACUUUUUGCUGGACCUUCAUCUGGAAGUACUAUAAGUUUGCAGAAUCGUUCACGUUUUGCUGGACCUACAUUUGGUUUUCCGGUUCCGGGAGGUGCAAGUGCCAAUGUUUUGGGAAUGAAGAAUUCUUUUCCUUUUCAGCCAUUUCCUACUCCCAGUCAUUCAUGUAAUCCAAUUCGUUAUGGUUUUGGUCCUCAUUAUGCCCCUCCUCAAAACUUGUUUCCUACUCAUGGUUAUUCACCGGAUCCAAUAUCUUAUGCUUUUGGUCCUUACUCAUCUCCUCAGAAUUUGUUUCCUGCUCAUGGUUUUACACCUGAGCCAAUACCGUUUGCUUUUGGUACUUAUUCCUCUCAUCGGAAUAUGUUUCCUACUCACAGUUCCUAUGGUUUUGGUCCUAAUUACCCCGCUCCUCAGAAUUUGUUUCAUGCCCCUCGUGUGCAAUUGUUUCCUAACGUUUGGGUUCCAAAUACUUUGUAUAAUAGCACUAAUGGGACUGCCAGUAGUGCUAAUGCUGCUCCAAUAUCUGACGAAGCCAGAUAUGAAAUUCUCAAGAAAUUCCAAAACUUUAAGCAGUUUGACAUCGUCCAGAAUGGGUCGGACCAUUUUUAUGUUCAUAACGUUAACGUGAAUCAGCCUUCAAACCAAUGGGCAAAGCGUAUUAUGGAGGAGUGGAAAAUGUUGGAGAAGAAUUUACCGGACACAAUUUUUGUUCGAGUCUUCGAAUCCAGGCUAGAUCUUUUGAGGGCUGUUAUAAUAGGUGCUGAAGGAACCCCAUAUCAUGAUGGCAUUUUCUUCUUUGAUAUCAAGUUUCCUAAUGCAUACCCAAAUGUGCCACCGUUGGUCCACUACCGUUCUUGUGGGCUCAAAUUAAACCCUAACUUGUACCACUGCGGCAAAGUUUGCCUCAGUCUUCUUGGCACUUGGAGUGGUGCAGCAGUGACUGAGAGAUGGAUUCCAAAUGUUUCAACAAUUUUGCAGGUUCUGGUUUCGAUUCAGGGUCUGAUCUUGACUCCAGAGCCUUACUAUAAUGAGCCUGGGGUUCAAGUGGUCCAGAGUGGUACAAAAGCUGGUGAGAUUUGUUCCCUGAGGUACAAUGAGGACACAUUCCUCUUAUCUCUGAAGUCCAUGGUGUAUAUCAUGAGAAACCCUCCAAAGAAUUUCGAGGAUUUCGUUGCUGGCCACUUCUGCACCCGAGCUCAGGAAAUUAUUUUGGCAUGCAAAGCGUACAUAGCUGGUGCUAAAGUUGGCUGUUUUGUGAAAGGAGGGGUGCAGAAUCUUGAUCAAGGUAACAAGAGCUGUUCAAUCAUGUUCAAGAGAUCCUUAGCUGCAUAUGUGAAUUUGCUUGUUAAUGAGUUUACAAAAGCUGGAGCCAAGGACUGUGCCAAGAUCACUCUAUCACAAGCAGCGGAAAAUCCGUUGCGUGAUAUUCAAAUGAAUGAGGCUGCUCCUACUGCUGCUCCUCCUGCAACGGUUUCAUCAGCUAAUGAGGCUACUGCUGCUACAAUUGUAGCUGAUGCGUCUGUUGCUGCUACGGUUUUAGCUGAUAAUGCUGCUGCAGCGCCAGCUGAGUGGAGUGCUGCUUUUUCUGCUAAGUGGGAUGCUACUAUUUUAGCAGCUGCGGGGGGUGCUGCAAUUUCUGGCGAGGAUGAUGAUUCAUCUUCAAGUUCGUCUGAUGGUGCUGCAAGUUCAAGUGAUGACUAUGAUCGAGUUUCUGAAUAUGCCGCCUAUUGAGACUUGAUCAAGACUUCUUAGUUUAAUAUAGUUUUUAUUAAGCUGAUAGCAAGUUUAAUUUAUGUUUUUAUGUUUUAUGUUGAACUCUUUACAAACUAUAUUAUAUCCAUGAAUAAUCUGUGUUCAUAAUGUGGAUAUUUGAUAUAGUUGUUGCAGACGAGUGUUUAAUGCAUUGCUGGAAUUGCAUAA